UCCUCCCAGCGUAAGGACGCAGCGAUGCUUGUUCUUUACACAUGCGAUGGGAAACCUGUCACGUACAGCCACUCCUCCCGAAGCAACCCGACCCAGGUCCUGGGACUCAGCACAACAAAGCGCAGGCAGACACACUGCUGGCUAGUUAGUUGGCUACCGCAGGGAAGUGGGACUGUGGGGACCAGUUCCGAUGCAAGACCGAGAGGAUACGCGAUUGAUCGUUUGUUGAGUGUACUAAUCGCAGUUGAGAAAGUUGUCGGACGGGUGUUGUUUUUGCUUUUAGCGAACACAAGGGCAGCGUUCGCUCAGCUGUCUCGGAGCGCCACGUUUUAGGACGGCGUGUGCAAGAGUGAAGCGCGUCCCAUGCAAGUGAAAAGGGACUCGUGCCUUCGGACGGACGUCGCCAAGUAUCUAAUUGAUGGAUUCCGCGGAAAGGCAACAGAUCCAGUCUCAACAGGAGCACGUUUGUGACCGGGCUUUUUAAGCACUGCUGCACGAGGAGCGUGUAGCUACUACCAACGCAGCUGUUGCAAUAACUUUUUUUUCCCUCAUAGAAAAGAGGAAGUUUCCUGUCAGUAAUGGAAUAUGAGGGUUGCCAACUAGCUUGCAAGUUAGAUGCUACUUCACUCCUAAGCAGUGACUGUUAACGGUGUUUUCACUUCGCCCAUCGAAUGCACUAGCCAGGCUAACUUGCGCUCGGGACAUCCGCUGAAAUUCAGCAACAAUAGGUGCUCUCAAUACGCGUUGCGUUCGUGCGCCCUCACAUUAAAAUCCAGAUGGAGUUCAGGCCUGCUAAUAAUAAGGAUGACAGUAAGGGGAGUAACUCCUCGAAGUCCGAGAAGAGGUUUGCGCUGUGGUACAUGGGGUGGUCACCGCUGGACAGGCGGACUACCCUGCCCAUGCUACCCUGGCUGGUAGCGGAGAUCCGUAGGCGGAGCGAGAAGAACGAGUCGGGUCCCGUCCAGGCCAGGGAAGUGGAGCUGAGUCUGAUCCCCCCGCUCAUCCGUUGCGUCCCGGCGAAUAACAGCAACGCGUCCGUCUUCAUAUUCGAGCACAAAGCGCAGUUCAUUUCACGGUUCAUUCACAACAGCCACGACCUCACCUAUUUCGCCUACCUGAUCAGGAGCCAGCCUGACAACCCCGAGUCGGAAAUGGCAUGCCAUGUUUUCAAAGCCAGCGAUCCCAACCAGGUUCCCGAUGUGAUCAGCAGCAUCCGGCAGGUGUCCAAGUCGGCGCUGAAGGAGGACUCCAAGCCCAAGCAGGAGGCGGAGGAGGCCUUCUACAACUCGCAGAAGUUCGAGGUGCUGUACUGCGGCAAGGUCACCGUGGCCAACAAGCGGGUGCCGUCCACCCUGAUCGACGACUGCAUCGACAAGUUCCGUCUGCAUGAGGCGGAGCAGAAGCGCUCCGCCCGCACGCCCAACAACGGCCAGCGAGCCGCGGUGGAGUUCACCAUGGGGGACGACCCCCUGACCCCCGCGGUGUUCGCCAGUGGUUCGGCCCAGGAGGGCGGGGCCGGGGCCGGGGCCGGGGCCGGGGUGGGGGGGCCCGCGGGGCCGGGGGAGGAGGGGGAGGACCUCACCCGCAGCCCCAGCCUGGGGAGCGUCGUCCGGGGCGGGUUCCCAGAAUGCAUCCUGGAGGACUCCGGGUUCGACGAGCAGCAGGAGUUCCGCACGCGCUGCAGCAGCCUGGCGGGGGGGCUGCAGAGGAGGCAGAGGGAGGGGCCGCUCAAGGCCCCGCCCCGCAGGAGACACGCCAGCGCCCCCAGCCACGUGCAGCCCACCGACGCCGACAAGAACCGCACCAUGCUGUUCCAGGUUGGACGAUUUGAAGUCAACCUCAUCAGCCCUGACACCAAAACGGUGGUGCUGGAGAAGAACUUCAAGGACAUUUCUUCCUGUUCGCAGGGCAUUAAACAGACGGACCAUUUUGGGUUUGUUUGCCGAGACCCGGCGCAGUCGGGGUCCAGCCAGUAUGUGUGCUACGUGUUCCAGUGCGCCAGCGAGUCCCUGGUGGACGAGGUGAUGAUGACUCUGAAGCAGGCCUUCAGUACAGCCGCUGCUCUGCAGAGCGCUAAGACUCAGGUGAAGCUCUGUGAGGCCUGUCCCAUGCACCACCUGCACAAGCUGUGUGAGAGGAUCGAAGGCCUUUACCCCCCGAGGGCGAAGCUGUCGAUCCAGCGCCACCUCUCCCAGCUCUCUGAUAACGAGCAGGCCGACAUUUUUGAGCGGGUUCAGAGGAUGAAGCCGGCCUCGGACCAGGAGGAGAACGAGCUGGUCAUCCUGCAGCUGCGGCAGCUGUGUGAGGGCAAGCAGAAGGCCCACCUGCACAUCGGGGAGACAACACAGACCCAGAACGUCCCGAACAGCGUGUCCUUGGAGAGCAGUGCUAGCGUGGGGCGCUUCACCCUGGACAUCCUGAAGAACAAAGCCCGCACCUCCCUCACCAGCUCCCUGGAGAACAUCUUCUCACGGGGGAGCCGCAUGCGGGGUCGGCUGGGCAGCAUGGGCAGCACUGAGAGGCAGGACUACUCUCCCGGGGACUCCCCGCCCGGGACGCCGCCCGGGUCGUUGGACGAGGGCGACCCCGACGCGCCGCAGUUCCGCCGCCGCGCCCACACCUUCAGCCACCCGCCCAUCAAGAAGCGCAUCUCCUUCUCCGAGGCCCCGCCCCAGACCGCCAAGGCCCCGCUCCGCAGAUACCAGUCUGUGGCCCCCGAGCUGCUGCAGAGCAGCCCCGUCGUGGUGCCGAGAAAGCGCAGUGUCUCCGAGAGCGAUACCUCCUUCAGCCUGCCCUCCUCCUUCACAACUCCCAAUUUCCUGAAAAACAUUUACCAGGGCUCUCUGGGGUCCCUGGGCUCGCUGGCCGACAGCGGGACCCCCAAGAGCAGUAAUGGAGACAGCAGAAAGAAGACGUUCUCGGGGUGCCCCAGUGACGCUCUGAUUUCGGGGGGCCCCUCCUUCCCCCCCCGCCGGGUCUCCUGGCGGCAGAAGAUCUUCCUGCGCGUGGCCUCCCCCAUGAACAAGCCCCCCGCCUCCAUGCAGCAACCAGGCGGCCUGGAUGGCACGGAGCUGCUGCCCCUCUCCCCCAGAGCCUGUGUCCCGGACCAGGACCCCCUGGCCCGUCUGCUGUCGCCAGACCAGCCCCCCUCCUGCGGGGACAGGCCCCGGCGCACCCCCCUGGAGUACCGCGCCCUGUGGAAGAAGGCCAUCCACCAGCAGAUCCUCCUGCUGCGCAUGGACAAGGAGAACCAGCGCCUGGAGGCCAGCAGAGACGAGCUGCACAUCCGCAAGAUGAAGCUGGACUAUCAGGAGGUGGGCCAGUGCCCCAAGGACGUCCUGGCCCUGUGGGAGAAGAAGCUCAGCGUCCCGGGGAGAGCCAAGGCCCAGUGGGACAAAGAGGAGCUCCACAGCGCCCUCUACCAGGGUGUGCCUAAGUCUCGGCGGGGGGAGGUGUGGCAGUUGGUAUCCCAGCAGCACCGGCAGAGACAGCGGCUUCCCUGCAGACAGGCCCCGCCCGACACGCCCUACCAGGACCUGCUGAAGCAGCUCACAGCCCAGCAGCACGCUAUACUGGUGGACCUGGGCCGGACCUUCCCCACACACCAGUACUUCUCCGCGCAGCUGGGCGCGGGGCAGCUGUCCCUGUACAACCUGCUGAAGGCCUACUCCCUGCUGGACACGGAGGUGGGCUACUGCCAGGGCAUCAGCUUCAUCGCCGGCGUGCUGCUGCUGCACAUGAGCGAGGAGCAGGCCUUCGACAUGCUGUGCUUCCUCAUGUACGACCUGGGCUUCCGCCGCCAGUACCGGCCCGACAUGGUGUCCCUGCAGAUCCAGAUGUACCAGCUCUCGCGGCUGCUCCAUGACUACCACCGCGGGCUGUACGCCCACCUGGAGGAGCACGAGAUCGGGCCCAGUCUGUACGCCGCGCCCUGGUUCCUCACACUCUUCGCCUCGCAGUUCCCCCUGGGGUUUGUGGCCCGGAUCUUCGAUAUCCUGUUUGUGCAGGGCACGGAGGUGAUCUUUAAGGUGGCACUGUGCCUGCUGAGUCAUCACGAGGGGGAGAUCGUGAAGUGCGACAGCUUCGAGGCAGUGGUGGAGUACAUGAAGAACACCAUCCCCUCCCUCAGCCAGCCCCAGAUGGAGCUCAUCAUAGCCCAGGUGUUGGAGAUGGACGUCUCUAAGCAGCUCCACGCCUACGAGGUGGAGUACCACGUUCUGCAGGAUGAGCUGCUGGAGGCCACGCCCGUGUCUGACGACGCCGACCGAUUGGACAAGCUCGAGAGGACCAACGCCCAGCUGAAGAAGCAGAACAUGGACUUACUGGAGAAGCUGCAGGCUGCGCGCUGUAAGAUCCAGUCUCUGGAGCAGAGUGUGGAGACCUUUGUGUCGCGGGAGGGGCAGAUGAAGCACACCAUCCGCUCCCUGGAGCAGGAGAAGGCCUCCUUCCACAAGACCAUUGAGCGUCUGCGCCACGCCCCCUCCACCGACGCCCUGGCCGACGUCGAGCUCACACACAUCCGGCCCGGCACCAACGGGAAGCCCAAAAAACCCUGAUCGCCACGGAGACCGCCGGGCACGUGGGCAGAUCCUUCUCCACCCCCCCCUCUCUCUCACUCUCCCUCUCUUUCUCUCUCCUUCACUGUACAAAGUUGUGCUGAAGAACACUGGCUUUUAUUUGAGUGGCCUUAACUUUGUGGACCCAGGACAGUCUGGACUUGGGAAAUGUUCCUCUCCGUCAGUGUACGUGUGUGUGUGUGUGUGUGAGGAGCUACAGGACUGUGUGUGUGUCUGUAUCUGCUGUCAUACUGAGGGGGACAGAGGCUGAGGACUAUCGGGAGAUUUCUGUUUCAGGAGUAAUCUCCACACUCGUGAAGCCUUUCUUCCACACACACCUGUAUUCCCCUUCUCUGCUUUGUUGGAGUCUACGGUCACGCUCAGUCGGUAAUUAAUCUGUGCGCACGCGAUUCAAUCAAAUCAUUUUACGUGUCGCCUCGUCCAAAUACGUCCACGCACUGGGUGACGAGGGUAACAAUCAAAACAAAAAGAAAUGUGUGUAUUGAGAAGAAAAAAAAAAAAUACUUGAAAUUAAGAUGAAUGUAUUCUCCUUCCAAAGAAAGUGUGCUUGUGAGUGUUGUGGGGUGAAGAAAGCCCCAGUAGCGGAUAUAGUCGCGGCUGUGUGUUGUUCGUACGUGCUGUUUGAAUCGCACAAAGGCUCCUCCUGACGCCGGGCGGCGCGUCACAGAGAGCGGGGCAGGAAGCCGGGCCGCCUGCGUCUGCGGCGCACUUCCUGUGUGACUGACCACAGCUUCCGCCCGGGCCUCCAUCGCCCCGUGAGCCUGCCCUGCUCUCCCUGCCCCUGCCCCGCUCCCCUUGCCCCGCUCCACCUGCCCCUGCCCCACUCUCCCUGCCCCUGCCCCGCUCCACCUACCCCGCUCUCCCUGUCCUGCUCCACCUGCCCCUGCCCCGCUCCACCUGCCCUGCUCCACCUGCCCCUGCCCUGCCCCACUCCCCCUGCCCUGCUCCCCCUGCCCCAAUCUCCCUGCCCCAGCCCCAAUCUCCCUGCCCCUGCCCUGCUCCCCCUGCCCCGCUCCCCCUGCCCCUGCCCUGCUCCCCCUGCCCCUGCCCCGCUCCCCCUGCCCCACAGAGACCCGAGACGGCACGGCGUGCUCACACAGUCUGCGCUGCUUUAAGGGGAACGGCGUCGUCGGGGCAGAGGGGGCUACGCUGGUUGUUCCGGUGGCUGUGAGUGCGUCUGAGAGAAGAGGUAACGGGAAGUGACUGAGGACACACACAAGCUGUCACCUCUGGGUCAGCCGCGAGACCGGUCCCUUCUGCAAGCCGUCCUUCCUCAAACUCUCAUCUUACAGCUCCUCCUGUCAUGCUUUUACGUGUCUGCAAUAUUCAUGUUUUUGUUUUUUUCAUUUUCAUUUUUGGUUUAAACCCAGACGAGCACUCCAUCCAAAUUUCUGUGGCAUUUUGUUUUGUGAGCGGUUUUCAGGUUUGUUACCAAAAAUGUGGCAUAGAGCCACAGCUAUUGCAGAUAAACGGUGUAAUAUCUUGAUAGUUUAUUCUACUGUACAACUUAAAUCUUUUGCUGAAACAUGGGGUCAAAGUACAGUAAUAUAUCUAUAUAUAAAGGGUAGUACUUUUGAUUAUUCCAUGUACACUUUAAAUAUUUUAAACGGUGCAACAUUGUCUGUAGAAUCCCAGCAGGCAUUUGGGCAGAUCAUUGUUUGUGACGUUGUCCAAUCAUAUUUGAGAGGAAUAUCAGGUGACAUACCAUAGGAUCUAUUGGUGCUCAUUCUCCUUGAGAAAAAUACAGCUCACUCGAGCACAUUCAUAAACAAACUAGAGUGCAUAGCUCUUCCACUGUAUUCGUCCUAAAAUGAAAUCAUUUCAUUACUGGACCAUAAGAACUCAUUUCACUCAGAUGUAUCUAUAUUCACGGAGCUUAAGUGGUCAUUUCAGACCAACUGCCACAAAGUUGGAAAACGUGCAUGACCUGUGCAUCUAAUAAUGCUAGUCACUGUACAUCAACAGGCCAGUUUGGCCAAUAAUGAUGGAUAAUCGUCUCGUGUACAAGGACUGCAUACACACAAGGCUGUGCUGAGGGCCUGUGAGAAUGUUACUGAAAAGCUGCACUGUCAUUACACGACCGUAGCAGAGAUACGGUGUCUUUUUUUAGUCUUCUGUUCAUUUUGUUUUAAGUUUUUCCGUUUUUAGAGGGACCUGUAAGUUGUGUUACUUUUUCAUCCAUUGUUGCAUCUACAGAGACAGAAGUUGAGUCGAUGAUGGAUUAUCUGAAGGCUUACCCGGAGGCCCUCUCGGCAGACGGCUGAUGAUAUUACUGCACGCCGAUCCGUGUGACGUAGGCUUCGUACAAAACAUCGUUUUGUUUUUCAAAUAAAAACAAAUGCGGUAGUCCGUCACGGGAAACGACGUGUGCGUCAGUCCCUUACGAUGAGAAUUCUCUUUAAGCCUUACUGUGUGUUUGUGACCCAAGUACCGUCUUUACAGAUAUGCAUAUCUGAAAGUGUAUGUUCUGUUCAUUUUGCAUGGCAUUUUUCUUGUCACAAAAAAAAGCAAAAAACAAAAAAACAAAAAAAGCUCACAUUUUGAAGACUGAUUUCUUCAUUUAAGCAUGUUUUUCCACCCACCAAGUUCAACAUUUUUCUUUUGCAAGCCUACAAAGUGCCAAAACCAACCGACUGCGGGUUUUUCUUUUGCUUGGAGUGAGAGAAUCGGAUGUCACUCGACCCCGUUUAGAGAAAGGAGAAGGAGCUUCACUUUCUGAACCCUGCGCCUCUGUGGGGUUGUACUUCUGUGUCUCUCUGUGUGAGUCCGUGUGCAGUGUCCUGCACAUUAUAUUCUGCAACGAACCAGCCGUGUAUGAUCUACCCAAACGGGGCUUAUGAGUCCACUGUUCCACGUCAGUAUGUAAUGCACAGGAUUCAUAGGCACCGACUCUCUCUCUCUCUCGCACACACGCACGCACGGAAAAAAAACUAAAUAAAAGUGCGUUUCACUGCCUUUUUGGUAA